UGUAAAAAAAAAGACGAACUUUUUUUACUCGCUCUCGAAAUUUCAAGGAUACCAACGUCAACGAAGCAGAGAGGGAAAGAAAGGAGUAGUAACAGCUAGCAGGCUACACUUCCCUCGCUUUACUUGCUUCUAGUUUUCAUUCAGAGCUUGCUUCUGAUUUAGAAAUUUCAAAUGGUGAAGCUCUUGAAAUUUUGAAGGUAGCAUCAUCACCUGGUUGUCUGAUGGAUGGAUUGGAUGGAAGCAAUGCUAUUCUACAACAAGAACAACAACAACAAAGCCUCAAUCCCAAAGACUGGAUUGCAGUUGAUCCACAAAAUGCCUGGGAUCUGCUUCAUGAAGAGAGGUCUUUGAUGACACGCCUUACCACAUCUUGUGCGGAUUUGGAUGACAUCCUAGGUGGAGGAAUAAGUUGCAAACAAGUUACAGAAAUUGGUGGAGUACCAGGCAUUGGUAAAACACAGCUGGGGAUCCAACUUGCUGUCAAUGUUCAAAUGCCAUCUUUUUGUGGUGGCCUAGGAGGAAAGGCAAUUUAUAUAGAUACAGAAGGUAGUUUUAUGGGAGAGCGUGCUCAAGAAAUUGCUGAAGCAUGUGUAGAGGACAUUUCAGAAUAUAAAAGGUUCUUACACAAGGAUUCGCAAGCCUGCCAAGGUGAAAUCCAGGGCAAGGAUGUCCUACAAAAUAUAUACUUUUUCCGCAUCUGCAGUUAUACAGAGCAAAUUGCCCUGAUAAAUUACUUGGAAGAGUUCAUUUCAGAUCACAAAGAUGUUAAGAUUGUUAUCAUUGAUAGUGUUGCUUUCCACUUCCGUCAAGGUUUUGAAGACCUGGCCCUCAGGACCCGAAUACUUGGUGAAAUGGCAUUAAAGCUUGUGAAGCUUGCAAAAAUGUGCAAUUUAGCGGUGGUUUUAUUGAAUCAAGUGACAACUAGGUACAUGGAAGGUUCCUUCCAAUUAUCAUUUUCAUUGGGUGAUAGGUGGUCACGUUGUUGCACUAAUCGGAUCAUUUUGUACUGGAACAGAAAUGAACGAUAUGCAUACAUUGACAAGUCACCUUACCUUAGACCAGCAGCAGCACCUUAUUCUGUGACUGGUAGAGGGAUCCGAAAUUCUGCUCCGCACUGUAAACGUACAUCAUAUCAUGAAACAAAAGCGGUUCUCAUCAACUCAAGUCCAGUUUUGAUCACUGUUUGGACUCAUUUCCUGAACUGCAACCUGGAGUUGUCGGACAGAGAUUAUUUUUUUAAAAUUAGUGAAAACACAAAAAAAAAAGAGUAAAAAUUAGCAAAACACUAUACGCUUUUAAUAUUACUGUUUUCUACAGAUAAGAUUUUUUUCAGGCUAACAUUACUUGUGUCUGUUAUCAAUUGAGAUUUUUCAAUUCCUUAAUGUCAACAUUUUUAAUUUGAUUUUCACAAA